UCCCGCCUGGGUCACAGGCCUUCGAGCCCCUGCCCUCCUCCAGGGUCCCUGUCAGCUGCCAGCCCGGCCCUAUGAGUGGCAGGGAGGCCACUGCUGGACUAGUGUCCCUGGCAGGUCAGCCCUAUUGCUGGAAAGCUCUUUCUGUGGAUCUCAAGCUGCUUCCUCCAGCUCUCCUGGCCCUGCCCAGCUCCUUAGAGCAGCAAGAGGCCGAUGUGCAGGCCCGUCAUGGGCUCCCUGUAACAGUGUUUUUAGGUUAUAUUUCUUUGAAAUAGGGUCUCUCUGUGUAGCUCAGGUGGGGCUUGUGUAGCUUGGAGUGGCUUGUGAUCCUCCUGCCUCAGCCUCCCAAGCACUGAGAAUUCCCCUUUUUUAGGACACUUAGUGUCUUAUCUCAGCAACCUGGUAAGGAUUGGCCGUCCACUGGGGUUGGGUGGAGCUUGGCCAGUCCCAGGGCCCCAAGCAACAUGGAUAAUUAUAAACAAGGUGUGAUGUAGUCACAUGUGCACAGGGCCUAGCUCUGUUCCCAGGGACAGGUCCUACCCCAGGUCAUUCCUCCUCUCUUUGCUGCAAAGAUAGGGCCCCACAACUGGGCUGGCCGACCCCACGUGGUCUCCUCAAAGCAUGGGUGAGGGAGAGGGAAUUCGAGUGCUGAGUGGUGUAUAAUCCCAGCACUCUGGGAGGCUGAGGCAGGAGGGUUCCAAGUUUAAGCCUGUCCUUGGCAAUUUAGUGAUUUAUGAGAUGCUGACUCAAAAUAAAAAAGGGCUGGAGGUGUAGCUCAGUGUUAAGGCCCUGGAUUCAAUCUCCAGUACCACCAGCACCACCACCAGAAAUAAAGCCCCUCACUACACCAGCCCAGUUUAGCGUUUUAGGGUCAAGGGAGGGGAGGACCCAGGCUUUCUUCCCCGGGUGCCCUGGGCCAGCAGAACUGCCCUGUCCUGUGUUUGUGUGCUGAGCUGACUGUUGCAAUGACUCUGACCUUUGGCGCUGCAGUGUUUAGUAAUCAUUUUUCUUUGCUGCUGGGAUGGAACCCAGGGACUGGUGUGUCCACCUCUUGCUUGGAGCUGCAUCCGCAGCAGUUCUGUCUCUGCUAUUCCCGUCUGCAUCCAUGUGUGUGAAGCCACGGAUGAAAACUCAGAACUGGAUGAGGCUGAGCCCAGAGCCCUGUGUCCACCUCUGUCCGAGACCUUUCCACUCAGCAUGGAGCCAUCCUCAGCUUCCUUUGAGGGCUUCCUCUUCUACCAGUGAACCCCGGAAUGGAUUCCUCUCCUGAUGGUUGCCCUCUGAAGUCCUUUUUUUUGUUUUGUUUUUUUUGGAGGCAGGGUCUCCCUUUGUAGUUCAGCCUGGCCCUGAACUCACUAUGUAGCCCAGGGUGGCCUGGAACUCAGAGAUCCUUCUGCCUCAGGUUCCCGAGUGCUGGGAUUACCGGCGUGCACCACCACACCCAGCAGUCCCUUCUUUUUUUGAGACAGGGUCUUGCUAUAUACUUUAGGCUGGCCUUGAACUCACUAUGUAGCCCAGACUGGCCUCGAACUCAUGGCAAUCUUCCUGCCUCAGCCUCCUUCUGAAGUGCCUUCUCCUUCCCUGCAACGUUCAUGGCUGUUUUGCCACCCAGACCCUCCUGCAGUCUCCCCUUCUUCCUGGUCCAGCUGUGGGGCAGCAGGGCCUGGCCGGGCCCCAGAGAGGCUGUUCCUGUGAGUUCCAGGCUGCAAGAAGAAGGCCCAGGACAGGCCGCCCAGGAGGGCAAGAACUGGCAUUGAAGGGCCAGAGCUGCCCGGAGUGCGGAGGCAGACUGGGCUGCUCAGAGCGCUGCUGUGGUCCCCCCUGACCCCCAGCGAGUGUGGGAGGCGCUGGCUCCAGCUCUGCUCCCUGCCUGUUGUGUGGGAAUUUGCAUUUGUCCUGGUGGCGCUUUGCUGGGGCCUGUGGUCAGCCGUCGUUUGCAUGGAGACUUCCUCAUCCUGUCUGGGGAAGGGGCUCGGCCCCCUCCCCUGGCCCAGCUGGCUGGCCCUGCAGGGUGGGCUGGGUGGCCCCGGGCUCCUGGGUGGCCCAGGAGGUGGAGGCCCAGAGCCCAGGCCGGGCAGGUGUGCGGGGCGUCAGCGGGCCUCCAGUUCCCCCAUCCCUGCGGUUGGAAAAUGCCCCCCUCCGGCCGGGCUGAGGAAACCUCACCACCUCACUUCUCACUCUCUCCCCAGAAGUUUUGUGUUUUUUCCAUCACGUGGUUUCCUGUGGGGCUGGGCAUCUGGGGCUGCAGUUUCCUCCUGGGAAGGGGGGUGCGGGGAGAGGCCCGGUUCUGCUUUCUCCCGGGCCCCUAUGCGCCCCUGUGAACGGGCCUCCCUGGCCUCAGCCCGUGCCUUCCCUGUGGGCGUCUGCGUCCUGCUCCAUCCUGUCCUCCCCCCUUCUCUGCAUGUGGCCUCCCUGCCUCCUCUGCCUCUGCUCUUUCCUAGCCCAAACUGGCACCUCCUGGCCGCUGUCCCUCAGCGCUGUCCCUCCAGAUACCCCGGAUUUUACCCACCUUUCUGCCCUAAGCUUUCAAAGCCUGGUGGUACCAUGGGCACAUGUCGGGGAUGCAGGCGGAGGCGCUGCUGCAGGCCAAGGGUGAGCCCUGGACCUUCCUGGUUCGCGAGAGCCUCAGCCAGCCCGGGGACUUCGUGCUGUCAGUGCUCAGUGACCAGCCCAAGGCCAGCAUGGGCUCCGCACUCAAGGUCACCCACAUCAAGGUCAUGUGUGAGGGUGGACGCUACACGGUGGGCGGCUCGGAGACCUUUGACAGCCUCACAGACCUGGUGGAGCAUUUCAAGAAGACGGGGAUUGAGGAGGCCUCAGGUGCCUUUGUCUACCUGCGGCAGCCUUACUAUGCCACUCGGGUGAAUGCAGCCGACAUUGAGAACCGGGUCUUGGAGCUGAACAAGAAGAAGGAGUGGGAGGACACGGCCAAGGCUGGCUUCUGGGAGGAGUUUGAGAGUCUGCAGAAGCAGGAGGUGAAGAACUUGCACCAGCGGCUGGAAGGGCAGCGGCCGGAGAACAAGAGCAAAAACCGUUACAAGAACAUUCUCCCCUUUGACCACACCCGCGUGAUCCUGCAGCGACGAGACAGUAGCAUCCCCGGGUCCGACUACAUAAAUGCCAACUACGUCAAGAACCAGCUGCUAGGCUUGGACGAGAGCUCUAAGACCUACAUCGCCAGCCAGGGCUGCCUAGAGACCACGGUCAACGACUUCUGGCAGAUGGUGUGGCAGGAGAACACACGCGUCAUUGUCAUGACCACCCGGGAGGUGGAGAAAGGCCGGCCAGGACCCCGCAUGGGCCAGAACAAAUGUGUCCCCUACUGGCCGGAGGUGGGCACUCAGCACGCCUAUGGACACUACUCUGUGACCAACUGUGGAGAGCACGACGCAGCCGAGUACAAACUCCGCACCCUGCAGGUGUCCCCGCUGGACAAUGGGGACCUGAUUCGGGAGAUCUGGCACUACCAGUACCUGAGCUGGCCUGACCAUGGAGUGCCCAGUGAGCCUGGGGGUGUCCUCAGCUUCCUGGACCAGAUCAACCAGCGGCAGGAGAAGCUGCCCCAUGCUGGGCCCAUCAUUGUGCAUUGCAGCGCGGGCAUCGGCCGCACGGGCACCAUCAUCGUCAUCGACAUGCUCAUGGAGAGCAUCGCCACCAAGGGGCUGGACUGCGACAUCGACAUCCAGAAGACGAUCCAGAUGGUGCGGGCACAGCGCUCGGGCAUGGUGCAGACAGAGGCGCAGUACAAGUUCAUCUACGUGGCCAUGGCCCAGUUCAUCGAGACCACGAAGAAGAAGCUGGAGGUGAUGCAGUCCCAGAAGGGCCAGGAGUCGGAGUACGGGAACAUCACCUACCCGCCCGCCCUGAAGAGCGCCCACGCCAAGGCCGCCCGGACCUCCUCCAAACACAAGGAGGACGUCUACGAGAACCUGCAUGGCAAGAAGAAGGAGGAGAAGGUGAAGAAGCAGCGAUCCUCGGACAAGGAGAAGGGCAAAGGUUCCCUCAGGAGGAAGUGAGCAGGCCUGGGGGUGGCCGAGGUACAGGGCCGCCCUCUCUGCCCACAGCUGCAGCUCUGGGGCCUGCUAGGCAGUCCCAGUCCCGAGCUUCCUGUGCCCUUCCAGGACGCAGCCGCCCUGACUCCUCCCCUCCCCAGCCUCCUCCUGGCCAAAGAGGCCUCUGGUGGGGCCCCAGGCCCACACCAGAACCCAGGCCCCUGUUGGCUGUAAUUUAACGCCCGCCUCCUCUCCCUGAGCCUGUCCACAGCCCAGCAAGGCCCCAGGCACAGGCAGGCCCUUCUGUUCUUGUAAAUAAAGUUUGCCAAUCACUGUG